GUUAAACACUCUUCCAAAACUUAAAAGCACUUUCUCUGUUCAACCUCUUUUGCCUGCGUGUGAGCGUGUCUCUCUCCUCUUUUCCUCUUUUAGUGGAAUUUCUCACUACCCGAAGUCACCAAAUUUCUUUCCAUUUUUUGGGUCACCGCCUUUUAAAUUUUUAGGGUAGUACUAUUUUGAUAACCAACUGUUAGGCAGUAGGGUACUGCAUAUGAUAAAGCUCAUGAAGAAGCCAUUACUGUUGGUUUUGUUAAGGGGUAUUUCAGUUUUUCAGCAAUCAUGGUCUUUUCUUCUUGCGUUUCCCUUCCUCUAGUCUCACUAAAGAUUAGCCACUUUGGGCAGCCUAGUAAUCUUCAUCAUCAUGUGGAAAUGGACCAAAGGUUCACCUCUGUUCUCAAAAGCAGGACUACUGAACAUUUUGGCAAGCAAGCAAGAAUUGGAGCUGGCUUACUUGGUGAAUGGAGUUUUGCUAGAGGAACAAGACUUGUUAUUAGACAAAGAGUUUCAACAUUGAUUCACUGUAGAAAAAGCUUUGAAGUACAAGCUUCGUGGUUGACAACUUCUCAAAUUGCUAGCAGCGUGUUUAGUUUGGGAACAGCAGCAGUUCUUCCAUUCUAUACUCUCAUGAUUUUUGCUCCAAAAGCUGAAUUGACUAAAAUGUCUAUGGAAAGUAGCAUCCCAUAUAUUGUGCUUGGACUUCUGUAUGCAUAUCUGCUGUAUAUGUCGUGGACGCCUGAUACAUUAAGGCUUAUGUUUGCCAGUAAAUACUGGCUGCCGGAGCUAUCUGGUAUGGCUAAAAUGUUCUCUAGUGAGAUGACUUUAGCUUCUGCAUGGAUUCAUUUAUUGGCUGUGGAUCUCUUUGCUGCAAGACAGGUUUUUCAUGACGGACUGCAAAACCAAGUCGAGACUCGGCAUUCGGUUUCUCUUUGCCUUCUCUUUUGUCCCAUUGGAAUUUUUAGUCAUUUUGUUACCAAAGCACUGGCUAGAAGUGCUGGAAAUAACAGACAUGGAAUGCAUUGAGAUUUACCUGAUGCACUAGCAUUCAACAAUUAAUCCCUCUAUUUGAGCAAAUUGUGUUAUCUUCAAUUUGAUUUGAAUUUUAUUGAAAACAUCAAUGUCUUUAGAGCCAGUAAACCUCUGGUUCAUUAAUGGUUAUCUUUCCCUGUUGAUAUGAUUACAGUACUUCUUCCUCAAUUUCUAAGAACAAUUGUGAAAUAAUUCUAGUAAUCAAAGAUCAAUCAAUUA